AUGAGUUUUUUACCUCAAGGAUCUACUCCUCAAACUUCUUCUUAUACUUGUAAUACGUGUGGAAUCAAGUUUACCAUAGCCGAUUUACAACGUCAGCAUAUGAGAACAGAAUGGCAUAGAUAUAAUUUGAAAAGAAGAGUUGCUGGAUUACCAUCGAUUCUGUCAGAUAUCUUUGCAGAAAAAAUUUUACAACAAGAACAAAGACGGGAAGAUGAAGAAGCUGAAGAAGACGAGUUUGGGUUUUUCAUUCCACGUCGUAACAAACAUGGUGUUCGUCAACCCACUAAGAAAUUAUUGAAACAACAAGCCAAGUUUGCUGAAUUGAACAGAGGUCGAAAAUUAGGUGAAGGAUUACAGGUUAGAGAAGAAAGUCCCUCUGCCGGUUCGGUUUCUGAAUUUUCUGAGUUUUCAUUAGGAGGAUCAUCGCAUAUUCAUACUGACGAUGAAUCAAUACUGACUGGUAGUGGAUUUAAUUAUAGUGCUAGUGAAGAUGAGUACACUGAAUUAGAAAGUGUUGGGGCCCUGAACAAUGAAGAAGAAGAAGAAGAAGAUUCUGACUCUGAAGAAGAGGCUGAAAUGAUGGAAUUAAUGCCAAUCAACCAUUGCUUUUUCUGCAGCAAGAAUAAUGGGAGUGAAUUAGAAAAUAACGUUAGACACAUGUUCAAUGUUCAUGGAUUGUAUAUACCAGAAAGAACAUUUUUAACUAAUUUAGAAGGAUUAUUAACCUACUUGAGUGAAAUGAUCACUUUUGAAAAUGAAUGUUUGGUUUGUGGAUUCGAAGGUAAAAACCUCGAAAGUAUUAGACAACAUGUGCAAUCUAAAGGUCAUUGCAAAAUCCCCUAUGAUACUAAAGAAGAAAAAGCAGCUAUUGCUGAGUUUUACGAUUUCACCAUUGCAAACUCCAGCGAUAACAAAAAGCCUUCCAAACAAAAGAAAUCGGUGGCAUUUGAAUCCGACAGCGAUGAAGUAUUGGUCAAUAUCGAAUCUAACGAUUCUAAUGACGUGGAUUCGGAAAACUCCCAAGAUGACCCCAACGAUAACUACUCGGUGGUUCAUGUCGAUAGAUCCGGGGUCGAACUCACCUUACCCACAGGGGCCAGAAUCGGCCAUCGUACCAUGACCAGAUACUACCGUCAAAAUCUUCCGGGCCCCAGAGACACCCUGGACGGAGAACGUACCACUGCUUUGGUCGAUAAGAGAUUUGCUCCAGGCAUAACUUCUUACGAAAUCUCCAAACAAGAAAAAGACACCCAGCAACUCGUCCAAAAAAACAAGAACAUUGCCGUCAGACGAGACAAGCUCCCCAAGGUCAACUACCAGAAACACUACCGUGACGAACUCUUACAGUAGAUAUACCUAUACCGAUAUCACCAGAAUGUUGGGUGUACGGAGGCAUGUCUAUGGCGUGUACGGAGGUUUACACAAAGAAAUGAUAGAAUCUUAUCGAAUUUUCUAGUUCCUCACUUUUUUUGUAUGUUACAAAUUAUCUACAGUUUUGUUACUUACGCCAAAUAGAAAUUGGUCUAUCUUAAAUCAAAUAGAUAUAUAUUAGAGGUUG